AAGGGUAUUAGCGUAGAAGGGAAGUGGAACAAUUUCCCGUCCCUCUCCCGUCUGGCGCUGACGUGCACCAUUUUAGGAGGCAGGAGCACGAUUUCAGUUUCCGUCGGCUGUCCCCUCGACGCUGUUUUCCUCUCGUUGUCCACAAUUUCAGAACCGCAGAGCCAGAAACCCUAGUUUCAUUUUGCUCUGUUUUACAGCUGUACAGUUUUCUUUUGCGGCAUUUUUCAGUUCAAUCUAGUUCGUGGUAGUUCUCAAUCCGCCAUUACAAUGGAAUCACAACUAGUGCUUGGAGUUAAUGAAAUAACAAGCAAUGAGGCGUUUGGGGAAGGCAACUAUAAGUUGGUGCCUUGGAUAAGUUGGGAUGAUUGGAGUUCCGUGAGAGAAUCACUGUUUUCUUCUUCCCCUGGCUCCAUAGACUUAGCUCUUCGAAGAAUAUCUGCCUGGCGAAGCAGAGGAUGCCUUCCUGUAGUAAUUGAAGUCACUGCUUCUAUCAUUGAAAUCCAACAAAAGGAUUCUUUCUUUAGGGAUGGUCUGUCCGAGAGUGAUAUACUAGAAGAGGAUAUGUUGACAAUGUUAUAUUGUAUGGCUAUUAUGAGGCUUGUGAAUGGUAUUGUGGAGAAGACUCGUAAGAAGAAUGAGGUUUCAAUUGCUGAGGCAGCUGAUGCAAUUGGUAUUCCUCGUAUGCUGAUUGAUAUUCGUCAUGAGUGUUCACAUCGUGACCUACCUUCAUUGAGACUGGUUCGGCUUGCAUCUACUAAGGCACUUGAUUGGUUGAAAGCUUAUUAUUGGGAGCCCCAAAAGAUGGCAAUUUCAUGCCCCAGUGAAAGAACUGCCAAUUUCAGAAAAGAAAUCAAGUCUAAGAUACGUGAACUGGCAUUCAGUUUGGAUGUGAAGAAGGCUGCAAGAUCAGGUUCUUCAGUAGUUAAGGGAAAACGCAUCAAAUAUUGUGAACACCUAUGCGGGCGUAGUAAGUUUCUAUCACUAAUGGCUGUCAAGAUUCAGUCUUCUAAACCUUCAGGCUCCAAGAAACAUAUAAACAAGGCAUUGAAGAAUCUUCUCAAGUUAUAUUCUUCUUUCCCCUCGGAAGUGGUAUCUAUCUUAUUGGAGUUCCUGCUGAAGGCUCUAGAAUCAGCCGAUGUGGUAGAGCUUCCAGACAGCUCUCCUGUUAGCAACUCUGGAACUUACGAUACUCAACUUGAUGAUUGGAAAGCUCUAGUUAUGAAGUUGUCGAAUAAAGAACCGGAGAUGCUUCUAAGCCUUCUCAAAGUAGUACUUCAAAUGAUUGAGACCCAUGAAGCUUCAAAACAUGAUGCAGGAGAACACCUCAAACCCAAGUACAAUUCUGGAUUUCAUGAAACAGAUCAUCUUUCCUGUCUAUUUGAGUGGCUUGUGGGGAACCUCAAGGAUCUAAAGACUUGUCGCCGGAAAAUUACAACUGCAGGAACACCAAACAAGAAAAGUCUCCCCAAAUCAGCUCUUGUACAUCUCCUACGUAAAUGUCUCAUGGUUUCUUCACUUGGUGAUAACCAUCUGACAACCGCAGCCUCAGUUCUUGCACAAAGGGCUGGUAAUCAGACUUUGGUCGUGAAACUGAACAAGCUAGCAUCCUUGCAUGCAUCAAACACAGAUUUCGUUAAGGAACAUAUUAUUGAUUCCGAGAGCUUUUACAACCAGCAAGAGAACUACAUACGUCAAGCAGCCAACAAUCUUGAUAUCCUUAAACAGAAAUUAUCUCAGAAAAAUAACUUAAGGACAGCAGUCAAAACGAAGAUUACGAAAUGGAGUGCUGCAAAAUCAUGGAAGCCAUGUCCGAUUGGAAUGUUGCCUUCGGACGUUGGUUCUUCUGGUCUAGUUCCUGUUCUUGAUGACCAAAAGGUAGACCAAGUGAAGGAAAAGGAUUCAGGGGAAGUAAAGCGUUGUGGUGGUAAGAGAGAAGCUGAUGGAGUUUUGGAGAAUUCAGAUGUUAAGAAACUUAAAGAGUGCAAAUUGUUUGAUGAAGAAGAUGAAGACAGAAUGUUAAAGAAUGGGUUGAUGAUUGGUGGUGUGUGGAAGAGAGUAACUGAGGAUGAACUGAUUAACAUGGCAUCAGCUGUCAGGAUUUUGGUUUAGUUUGUCUCCUGGAGCAGUCUUUUUGGUUCUUUUCAUUUGAUGUGUUGUGGCAUUUAAUUAGAAGUCAAUGUUUUUUUUUAUAGUUUUACAGAAGCAGGAGAAUUAUGCAGACGUUUUCCUACUUCUGUUCAAGUGGGCUUUUCAUAAUGUCCAUAAAUUUUUGAUGGGAUCUUGGUCUUCUAUCAAGUUCUUUUCAUUUGAUGUGUUUGAUGAAAUGCUUGU